AUGUCUUGGCUUUUAGAACAAGGCCUAACUCCAGAAGUUAUACCAAAUGGAUCUUUGCUAAUGAGUAUCUAUCAUAAGACCCUCAAUAUCAGAGUGAUUGACUCUCUGAAUUUUUUACCGAUGGCGUUAGCCAAACUUCCACAAUGCUUUGGUCUCACCGAGUUAAAAAAAGGGUUCUUUCCGCACUUAUUUAAUACGCGAGAGAAUCAAACAUAUGUUGGACCUCUUCCAAAAGUCGAUUAUUACAGGCCAGAUACUAUGAUGCCAUCUGUGCGAAAAGCAUUUUUAUCUUGGUAUGAAGAACACAAAGAUGAUGAAUUUGAUUUUCAAGCUGAAAUUUUGGCAUAUUGCAGAUCCGAUGUGGAUAUUUUGCGUCGAUGCUGUUUGGCAUUUCGAAGUCAGUUUCUGAAUGUUUCCAAUGUUGAUCCAUUUCGGUAUGUAACAAUAGCUUCCGCAUGCAUGGCCGUUUACAGAAACAUGCACAUAAAACCAGAGACCAUAUCCAUGGUCCCCGUUUAUGGAUAUACGAAUAAAACCAAUUACAGUGUUGACGGUAUUAGAUGGUUGGACUAUGUGGCUUAUACAGAAAAUAUAAAAAUCCAACAUGCUCUCAAUGGAUACGGUGAAUGUAAAAUAGGUGGAGUUUCCGUAGAUGGGUUUUGUGAAGAAAAGAAGACAAUUUAUCAGUUUCAUAAAUGUGGGAGCACCAGUUUAUCAAAGAAAAAAAAAACAAGUGACACUCUCAAGACCUUUCUUGAAACCCACGGGCUCCAGGAUCGCCUAAAUCCUAGGGACGCGUUCUUCGGUGGGAGAACAAAUGCAGUGAAGCUAUAUUACGAAGGCAGUGCCAAAUAUGUGGAUUUCACUUCGUUGUAUCCUUGGGUCAACAAAUACUGUGUUUAUCCAGUUGGUCAUCCGAAGAUCAUUACAGAAAACUUUGAAGACAUUGAAAAAUACUUCGGAAUCGUAAAAUGUAGAAUUAUCCCACCAAGGGAACUAUAUCUACCAGUCCUUCCUCACAGAUGUAAUGGGAAACUAUUGUUUCCAUUAUGUCGAAGCUGCGCUGAAAACCUCCAACAAAGUACAUGCCGUCACACGCCGGAGGAACGGGCCCUAAUAGGCACAUGGGUUGCGGAGGAAGUCAAACUUGCGAUCCGGAAAGGAUAUCAAGUAACCAAUGUUUACGAGGUAUAUCAUUUUGAAGAGACUUCAACUUCGUUAUUCAAAUCUUAUAUUGAUCUAUUUUUGAAGAUAAAACAGGAGAGCAGCGGAUGGCCUGCAGAAUGUCGGUCAGAAGAGCAAAAGGAGAGCUACAUUAAGGAAUAUUUACAAAAAGAGGGUAUUCGUCUAGAUUCCUUAGAAAUUGCAAAAAAUCCCGGUAGGCGACAAGUUGCCAAAUUAGCAUUGAAUAGUUUCUGGGGGCGUUGGGGGAUGAAUAUAAACAAAGUGCAAUUAACAUUUGUGAAUUCUGUGCCACAGUUCAAUAAGAUUCUGCAUGACUCUACCAAGAAUGUUAAAGAUGUUUGUUUUCCUAAUGAAGAAGUGGCAGCCAUAUGGUGGGAAAAAACUGACAAAUUUGUAUCUCAAGACACAACUACAAAUGUGUUCUUAGCGGCAUUUACCACUGCUUGGGCUCGACUAAAAUUAUACUCCGAAAUGGAGAAAUUAGAUCGCGCAGUAUUAUAUCACGACACUGAUAGUAUAAUUUACGCCCAAGACGGUAAUAACGACCCACCCAUUGGAAAUUUUUUGGGUGAAUUCACGGAUGAAUUAGAUGGGGAUACAAUUACUAAAUUUGUAUCUGGUGGUCCGAAAAAUUAUGCGUUUGAAACCGAAGCUGGUAAAACUUGUUGCAAAGUGCGUGGAUUCACCUUAAAUUUUCGGAAUUCUCAGCUACUUAAUUUUGAAUCGGUGAAGAGUCUGGUAUGUAGCUUGGAUCCUAGUAUAACCACCAUCGAAAUUGAAAACCCGAUGAAAAUAUGCCGUGAGGCGAAGAGAAGAAAAGUCGUCAAUAAGGUUGAGAAAAAGUUAUACAGAGUGGUUUACGACAAAAGAGUAAUACAAUCGGACUUGACCACCCUUCCCUACGGUUAUUAGAAAAGCUUCGUAAGUUUUAUUUUAUUCAUUUUAUAUUGGUAAAAUUUAAAAUGUAUGACAUUAUUGCAUGUAUUAAUUUGUUCAACACUUGAUUUUUAGGGUUCUUUGUCGAUUACAAAAUGUCUUGCCCUGAAGAAAAAGAAAAGAAAAAAAAAAAAAAAAAGAAAAAAAGGCCCUAUUCAGGGCCACCAAAUAAUAAAAAAAGGUCCUUUUCAGGGCCACCAAAUAAUAAAAAAAGGUCCUUUUCAGGGCCACCAAAUAAUAAAAAAAAAGGUCCUUUUCAGGGCCACCAAAUAAUCAUUAAAAAAAUUACACGCUUUUAUAAGAAGUUGACAUCCAAUGAAGGAAAAGAAAAAAAAUUAAUGUUUCCCGACCCCUUCAUCUUGUAUAUAAAGAAAGGUAAGUCUCACUUUAUUUUUAUUUGUAAUAAUGGAACUACCGAGAUUGGUUCACCCUUCAACCUGUCUGGUCAGUGGCCCUACGGGUUCGGGCAAGUCGGUUUUCGUUAAAAAACUAAUAGAUCAUAGCAUGUUUUCGCCCAUGCCUGAAAAAAUUAUUUAUUGCUACGGAGCAUUUCAGCCCCUAUUCAAUACUAUAAAAGGUGUCGUUUUCGAAGAAGGCCUACCUUCUUACUUGAAUACUAUUGAAAAUGCCCUUGUUAUAGUAGAUGAUUUAAUGUCCGAGCUAGGUAAUGAUACGCGUUUGAGCAACUUAUUUACAAAGGGCAGUCAUCAUCGAAAUAUUUCCAUCAUUUUUAUUGUUCAGAAUUUAUUUCACCAGGGAAGGGAAAUGCGCAAUAUAAACUUAAAUUCCCAUUAUUUAGUGCUCUUCAAGAAUCCAAGGGACAAAAGUCAGGUGAUUCAUUUAGCCAGACAGAUGUUUCCAGGUAAAAACAAAUCCUUUCAGGAAAUUUUUCACGACGCCACAAGCCCCUCCUUUGGAUAUCUGCUUUUGGAUUUUCAUCCUAUGACAGGCGAACGCUUGCGCAUGCGCACGGGUAUUUUUCCGGGAGAUAAACACUAUGUAUACGAACCGCGUUAAUCAGUUCUUAUCUUGUCUGCAAGAAGGAAACAUGUCUGCAGUCGUCAUCGAUUUUCAGGGCUUUCAAUUGUCACCCCAUUCCUUCGUAGUGAAGGAAUUAGCCUUUUACGAUGUGCAGCAUGGUUAUCACGGUCGGUGGUCCUUUCAGCCUCCGCAAUCUUGGGAAAUCCUAUCGCCCCGUAAACAGAAGACCUACGCGUGGGUUAUCCGCAAUGUCCAUAACAUGCCCUGGGAAAGUGGCAAAUUGCCCUAUACAGCACUUAGGAGCGUUCUCAUGUCCCUGUUUGCCUCGUAUGAUGAAAUCUACGUCAAAGGAUUAGAGAAAGCCAAAUUUUUGAAAAAGCUUUCCGGAUUAAAUAUUUUGAACUUAAAUGAUCUGGAUUGUCCUAAAAUCGACAAAUUGCAGAUACCUACCGUGAAUUGUCCCUUUCACGCGCCGCAGUUUCAUUACUGCGCUCUACACAGAGCCGCAGCUUUUGCUAAUUUGUAUCCAGUAUAAAUAGCUCCACGUUUUAAAUCCAAGUAUCAUUAUUUGUUCGAUAUGUCGUCGCAUACACACCUCCCAUUAGAGCAGCUCAAACUUUUGCAAAAGUCUAAAGUCAAAAGACAAUUGCUGCAAAAGUGUCCUAAUAGUGUCAUCAAAGCUGUAUGCGAAUGUGCCCUCAAUGUUUUAAAAGGAAAUGUACCCAUCUCAAAACGUCAGAAGAGCAGAUUAGCUCCUUACAAAAGGACGUUACGUCGACUGGGAGAUAAAAGAGUUCCUCUGUUUAAGAAGAGAAAACUCCUCGUUCAAAAAGGUGACGGUUUCUUGUCACUCCUCUUACCUGCAGCCGUGUCUCUACUAGGAUCCCUUUUCCAUGGAUCACGCUAAGAAAUUUAUCCUAAUGCCAUUGGAUCGAGCACAAAUUUUUCAGAGGAUCAUGUAUCGGAAUUGGAUCGAGAAAUGAAGGCUAUCCUGUCCAAGAAAAUUCCAGACUCUGAAAAGGCAACACAAUACCUACAAAUUCUUCAAAAAUUUGUAAAGUUCCCGGAGAUGAAUCAAGUACAACCCGUUACCGAAGAGUCAAAAAUUAUCGACAAACAACCUCCUGAUAUUUCUGAAGCUAUUAUGGAAUCGGCUCCUGUCAAGCAUAAGAAAGUGGCCGAAAACAUUUUAUUAUUUUUAAAAAGUCGUCCAGAUGUUUUUUCAUGGACGCCUGCUAAAGAACUGGUUUUGCACGGCAAUGUUCUGCCCCAUACAAACAUUGAAGUCCUCAUUUCACAUCUGAUACGUAAUAAGAAAAUGAAGCCACCAGGAUUUGAGCAGUUUCAAUCGACGCUUAAAGAAACCAACUUUCCUGAAACUUUUGUAAAAAAUCCCAAUUUACACGAGAAACGGCAAAUGUAUGCUUUACCUGUAAGAAAAAAACCAAGACUUAUGUAUGGAAAAGGUUCCACAAAGUGGAUUCAUCUUUAAUUGUAAAUUUUUUUUUAAUAUAGCUUUUUUCAAUAAAUAGUGAAUU